AUGUUCCCCCUCCUCUCUCUUCUCCCUCUCCUCCUCCUCCCCUUGUGUGUUCAAAGCGACGACUUCUCCCCCACCCUCCCCGUCUCCGCCGUUCCCGACGCCCAGAAAUCCGACUGGUGCGACUCCCACUCCUCCACCUGCCGUUCCAUCUGCGGCACAGGCAUGCCCGGCACCGACCUCUUGGGCGUCCGCAUCAAUGUCUGCUCAUACAAGACGCUGCAAUACGAAUGUAUCUGCAACAAGGACAAUCUGCGGCCCAAAAUGGAACUGUUUCAUUAUUCUGUGCCCGGGUUGAUGUGCGAGGCGGCGUGGAAGAUGUGUCGCAAGACGAAUAAGGGUGACGAAAAAAUGGUGGGGGAGUGUGAUGACAAGAUUCGAAAAAAGUGUGGGCAUAUGAUCACCAAGGAUCAGGAGACCAAGAGUGAUAGGUUGUAUAGGUUUUUUAAACCUAUCAAGGGGGGUGGUGGGAAGGCGGGUGGGAAGAGGAGGAGGGGGAUUGAUUCUGAGAGGGGGGAGUAUUGA